ACCCGCCGCAAUUUAACCGUCCUCUACUCUCAAUCUACCCAAGAGGCUAACUAAACAGUGGCCCUGAUCAUAUCGCAACUGCAACCCUUGCCUGUUUUUUCUCAAGACCCACAGCAUCACCUUUGCAAGCCUCUACUAGGCCACUCUCGCAUCGUACGAAACGCGCGCAACAAGCCCCCGCGCAGCUCACCGCCAGACAUGGCCACAAAUGCAGCCGCCAUCAACGUCAAUGAUCCCGGACUCAUCACGCUGGUGAACAAACUGCAAGAUGUCUUCACCACCGUUGGCGUCCAAAACCCCAUCGACCUUCCCCAAAUCGCCGUCGUAGGAUCCCAGUCAAGUGGAAAGAGUUCGGUGCUGGAGAACAUAGUCGGCAGGGACUUCUUGCCGCGAGGAACUGGUAUCGUGACAAGACGCCCGCUCAUCCUGCAACUCAUCAACCGAGCACCCCUGCCCAAGUCGCAAGAGAACGGCACCGCCGCUGAGGCUGUCGACGGUGCCGCAGACAAAGAGUCCAAUGUCGAUGAGUGGGGAGAGUUCCUGCAUAUUCCUGGCCAGAAGUUCUACGACUUCAACAAGAUCCGCGAGGAGAUUGUGCGCGAGACCGAGUCCAAGACUGGUCGCAAUGGUGGCAUCUCGCCCGCCCCCAUCAAUUUGCGCAUCUACUCACCCAACGUCCUGACUUUGACCCUGGUCGAUUUGCCUGGUCUCACAAAGGUGCCUGUUGGUGAUCAACCCCGCGACAUUGAGCGCCAGAUCCGCGAAAUGGUCCUCAAGCAGAUCAGCAAACCGAACGCUAUCAUUCUCGCUGUCACCGCCGCCAACACGGAUCUGGCAAACUCGGACGGUCUUAAGCUGGCUCGCGAGGUUGACCCCGAAGGUCAGCGCACCAUCGGUGUCUUGACAAAGGUUGAUCUGAUGGACGACGGCACUGAUGUUGUUGACAUUCUUGCUGGCAGAAUCAUUCCUCUACGACUGGGAUAUGUGCCCGUUGUCAACCGUGGUCAGCGCGAUAUCGAGAACAAAAAGGCCAUCUCCUACGCGCUGGAGCACGAGCGCGCCUUCUUUGAGAACCACAAGGCCUACCGCAACAAGAGCAGCUACUGCGGUACUCCUUACUUGGCCCGCAAGCUCAACUUGAUCCUCAUGAUGCACAUUAAACAAACACUACCCGACAUCAAGGCCAGGAUUUCUGCUUCCUUGCAAAAAUACACGGCCGAGCUUGGUACUCUUGGCGACUCCAUUCUCGGUAACAGCGCGAACAUCGUCCUCAAUAUCAUCACCGAGUUCUCGAAUGAGUACAGAACUGUUCUUGAGGGAAACAACCAGGAACUCUCGAGCAUCGAACUUUCCGGUGGCGCCAGAAUUUCCUUUGUGUUCCACGAGCUAUAUGCCAACGGUGUCAAGGCUGUCGAUCCAUUUGAUCAGGUCAAGGAUAUUGAUAUCCGCACUAUCCUUUACAACUCUUCCGGCUCUUCGCCCGCUCUGUUCGUCGGUACUACCGCGUUCGAGCUCAUCGUUAAGCAACAGAUUAAGAGAUUGGAAGACCCUAGUUUGAAGUGUGUUUCUUUGGUUCAUGACGAGCUUGUGCGCAUCCUGGGUCAACUCCUGAACAAGCCGCUGUUUAGAAGGUAUCCUUCCCUCAAGGAGAAACUCUACCAAACUGUCAUCACAUUCUUCAAGAAGUCCAUGGACCCCUCGAACAAGCUCGUCAAGGACCUUGUCGCCAUGGAGGCCUGCUACGUCAACACUGGCCAUCCCGAUUUCCUUAAUGGACACAGAGCCAUGGCCAUUGUCAAUGAGCGUCGCCAUGCCGCCAGACCUACUCAAGUAGACCCCAAGACUGGCAAGCCUCUACCGCCCUCCGCCGUUCCCCCGCGUGCGGCAAGCCCUUCGCUUUCUCUUGAUGGCAACGAGGCUGCAGGCGGUUUCUUCGGCAGCUUCUUCGCCAGCAAGAACAAGAAGAAGAUGGCCGCCAUGGAAGCGCCUCCACCGACGCUCAAAGCCAGUGGCACGCUCAGUGAGAAGGAGAGUGAAGAAGUCGAGGUCAUCAAGCUUCUCAUCACCAGCUACUUCAAUAUUGUGCGCCGCACGAUGAUCGACAUGGUUCCCAAAGCCAUCAUGUUGACUCUGGUGCAGUUCUCGAAGGAAGAAAUGCAGCGCGAGCUUCUGGAGCAAAUGUACCGCACACAAGAAUUCGACGAUUUGCUCAAGGAGAGUGACUACACCGUUCGCAGGCGCAAAGAGUGCCAGCAGAUGGUUGAGAGCUUGGGCAAGGCGAACGAGAUCGUCAGCCAGGUGCAGUGAUUUUGAUCGGUUCAUUGCAUCUGCAUGCUAUCCUGACUGUGUGACCCCUUUGGUACUCUGGCGUAAUAUGCGCUUUUUCCGUAAACCGGAAUCUAGAAGAGAUGAGGCGGAUGGGCCAUGAUGGGACGGGAGACAGGACUGGAGACCAAAAGAUGAUGUUCUCUGUCUUGGGUUAGCGAUCGAUGGUUUAUGUAAGCGGAGAGAGCACACUGAACAC